UUUCCAAAACAACGGCCAACGCUUUUUUAUGUAAUUUGUAAUACGUGGACGACUUGCCAACCUUCAUGACUUCAAGAUGGCGACUAUAAACAAAUCGAAAAGUCACAACAAAGCCAGAUCAGCAUCAUCUAUUCCUGUGCACAGUCUCCCAUAUUUAAGUGGCAACAUGCAUAGUAGUACUUUGUUGAAUCAUGGACUCAAAGGAAGAUCAUUUGAUACCUGUAAUGCUGACAAAAGUGUUAAUUUGUCUACAGUGGAAAAUGAAUACAUCCGCAACUUGCAGCAACAAAUCUAUUUUCUUGAGUUGGAAUGUGAAUAUCUUCGUGACCAAACAAAAGAGAUCAUUGCAGUGCCAUCACAUUUAACUCAUGAAGCAGAAAAAAUGAUAAAAAAGAUUAAAACCAUGCAAUCCGAGUUGCAACAAAGGAAUAAAGAAAUUAUCACUAAUGAAAGCACCAUCAACAUCUUGCAACAUGAUAAAGAAGAUACUGUUUCCAAGUUACAAUUAGCAGAAGAAACAUUUUCAUCUGAGAAAAGAGAAUUGAUAAGUGAGGUAGUCAAUUUAAAAAAACAAGUUGAGCGGCAUAAGUUGGAUGCAAUGCGAAGAGUUACUGACAUAGAAAAGUACAAAUCUGAUACUGAUACCGCAAUGCUGAAGCUAAAUGAAGCAGAAAACAAAAUUAACAUUCUUCGAAGUGAGCUCAAUGAAAAGACUGAGCAGUUUAACAGAAUGCGGGUGGCGUUUGAAGAGAAAAGAGCACAGUGUUUAAAAACACAAACAGAGUUUAAAGAACUCGAAGAACGUUACUUUCAUUCCAAAGUCCUUAAUAAAGAAAAAGUUGAUGGGGGGCUUCAGGCUGAACUAAAAAAUCUGCGUUAUGAUGUUCGUGAGAAAGAGUUACAAGCUGAACAAGAUCGCACACUCAGGCUGAAAAUAGCGGAUGAUUGUGCGGCCCUGGUAAAAGAAAAUGCUGCAUUGUCGUCACAAGUGAUCGAACUUCGAAAGCAGUUGGAUUCAGAAAGUGAAUUCAAUGAAAAAUGCUCGUACCGCACACGAGUAAACAUACAGGAACUUGUGACGUUAAAAGAAGAACGUCGACAUAUUGAAAGAGAACUGGAACGAUGGAAAGAACAAGUUCAAAUUGAACAGGAAAAAUACAGAAAAUUAUUAGACAAGUUUACCUACGAGGAGGACAAUUAUACGAAAGCAAAAUUGCAAAGAAGCAAACUAAAAGCAGAGCUGGAGGAAUUGGAAGGUAUAGAAUCAGCUGAAGCCAAAGAAAAUGUUCACUUGCGAAGAGAUAAUAUUCUUUUAACUGAUCAAGUUACUGAACUAAGAGAUAAGUUACGCUCAAAAACGGAAGAAGUAGAAGAUUUACAGGUACAGAUGCAGCGCUUGGAAUCCAAUUGCGAUACAUUAAAGACCAAGUUAGACUACAGGUCAAGUUUUGAUCAAAUCAAAUGGGAGGAAUUCGAGCGUAUGGCUGAUCAUAUGAAACAAUUCUCGCGUAGUAUUUCGCCAAUUCGACACAGCGUUUCAGGCACGCCUUUAAAAAUUAAGACAUUAGAAGUAGAUUCUUGAUUGUGUUAAUAUGCUUGUUUUAUGUGGUAUUUUGAAAUAGCUACAACAAACCACGUGAUUUGAAGCGAAUUUGGCGUUGUCGUCUUUUAAGGCUAUAAUAUUUAUUCCAAAUUUUCGAUUUUGAUAGUUUUUUUAUUCGUCUAAAAAUAUAUUAAUUUGAAAUUUGAUUCGGUUUGGCGUUUUAAAAAAGUCUUUGCCAAAGUAACGCGAGCCUGCAUAUUUCCAUUACAUUCAACUGUGGCGUUAGCAAAUAGACAAAUUAAUUGUCGGUGUAUUUCGGGCGUAUUUUUUAAAGACGUGUUUUAUUCGUGUUAAUAAUUUUUAAACGGUUUAAUUUUGUGACAUUUUUCAGGAUAACUUGAUGUAUUUGUAAACAAAUCGUAAUAUAUACUCAAGUUUCUUA